ACAACAGGGACCAGGUGUAAAGCCUCAGAAUAGCACCAGCAUUGUGGAAUCCAGUAUUUAAGGCCCAUAUGACUCGUGCCUGUUGUCACUGAGUAAGCUUUCUGUAAAUCUCCCCCUACACACUCUUACUGGAUCUGACACCCAGUAGUUAAGAGGCCGUAACGUAUAAAUGUAAAGGUCUACGCUCCGUUUUGGCACCGAGUUUACAAGACGCGCAACGGCCUACUUUUCAAGGAUUUUUCCAAGCGCAGCCGGAGCACAAUAAUGGGUCAGUGCAGUUCAAGGACAUCCGAGCAGUUUAACGACUUCACGUCACUUACAACUAUAAAGUUGUGUGAAAAACGCACUCCCGGCAUUUCGCAAGGGAAAUGGCGGUCGGACGUCUUUCCGAAUGAAGCGGCAGCGGACAGACGGCGCCGCGGCUGCAGUAGUCACGAAGACUGCUCUGGACUGGUUUUUGUGGAAGAUACAACAGGCGGGGUGUGGAUAGAUAAAACCCUCGGAAGACAAAGGUGAGCCUGUGGAUGUGAAGUUAUGGUCGCUGUUGUUCUUGUUUCUCCCUGAAAUCUAUACUGAGGAUUUCUAAAGGUGACGCCACAGUCAUCCAGUGCUGGAAGAAGUAUCUGGAAAGCUUGGGAUGGUGUUUAAUAGGAUCCCUGAAUGUCUGAGGGAGACAUACCACACUUUUUUUGGUUCCCAUUUACUGGAAUGAAAAGAUUGAAACAUAUUUAUUUGAAGACUUUUUCCAAGACAUUUAUCAUCAAAUAUAUAUUUAAACAGUCUGCUUAUGACUUCCUGCCAGGUCAUGGUUAUGCAUGUGGUCAGCUGAUAAAUGUAAUGGGAAGCCCAUACUUAUUUCUUUAAACUUAUGGUCACGUCCCAGUCUUCGGGCAGCUUAACUGAGAACUUAUAAAUGUUUAUUUUAUUUCAUUUAUGUUUUAUUUUUAUUUAUUUUCGAGUUCAAGUUCCUAUGUACUUCAUGUAUGUCAGUUAACAUCUUUACUUUCUUUUGGAUCUUAAACUAAACAGUGAAAGAUUUUGUUGAACAUGAGAUUCUAUGACAAUUAUAUAUUUUUUUAUUUAAUCAUGGAAUAUUUUAUUCAGUUUAAAUAUGUACAAUAUUUAAAUGUUUUGUACAGAGAUUAAUUCCACAAGACACCUUUCAGGCAUUCUUAGCAUAUCAUUUGGGAGGUGUCCUGUGAUACUUUGACCCAAUAAUCAUACAGCUCUAUGUAGAUAAGCAAGAUAUAAUACAUCACUGAGUAACGCAGACACCAUCUUAAGUAAACUCACAUUUGCUAAGAGAAGACUAUAAGAAACUUUGGUGUUUGUGAACAUCAGACAUUUACAAUGGGCCAUUCAGGAUCCAAACACAAACCUGAAGCUCGUAUCCUCCUCCUAGGGCUUGACGGAGCUGGAAAAUCAACUCUUCUUUACAAACUAAAAUACAAUGAGGACUUCCACACAGUUCCUACAAUUGGAUUCAAUGUAGAAAUGAUCGAAGCCAAGAAGAACAGGGACAAAAUCAUCCUGACAGUGUGGGACGUAGGUGGUCAGAUAAAGAUGCGAGCGCACUGGAAGAAUUUUUACCAAGACACAGCUGGAAUUGUGUUCGUCGUGGACUCUUCUGACAUUAAGCGUCUGGACGAGGCCAAGGGCAUCCUGGAGCACACCUUAAAGAGUGAGCACCUCAGGGGACUCCCGGUGGUGGUUUUUGCCAACAAGCAAGAUAUUGUAGGAGCUGCUACAGUAACAGAGAUCACAGGGCAGUUUAACCUGAGAAAGAGCUGCAAUGAACGAGACUGGUUCAUUCAGCCGUGUUCGGCGCUGACUGGAGCAGGUUUGGUGGAUGGCUUCAGGCGAAUGGCGCACCUGGUGAAAAAAACACCUGAGGACAAUAACAUCAAAGAGACUGUGAAGUAUAUUAGAUCAAAAUCUGUUAUUAAGAAAUAGCCCACAUGGUAAAUUAUUAAACACUUUUACGGAAGGUUGUGUAUACUAUCCGACUAAAUACAGUUGGACAGUUCAUCAUGUGCAAUCCUAAUGUUUAAAUGAAUAAUGACAUGCAAGAUACUGAAAGCUACCUUGAGUUAUGAUUCAGAAAUUCAUGAAUAUAGUAACCAAGCCUUUGAAGUAGAUAAAGAUAAAAACAUUUGUAAAGAAAUAAAUGCCCAUGCGAACAUCAAAACCUGUUAACCACACUUACAGAACAUUACAUCAUACUAAUGUUCAGUUGUGAUCUGAAUGAGAAAUUGAGUUAAAAGGCACCAUAAAAGGUGGUAAUGUUACUUUAAGUUAUAAUUCAUUAAUAUAUUUAUUGAUAUCUGCUGUGAAGUAUGUUUCAUGUUAUUUAAAGUUUUUUUUUCUUUAAGAACUCAAUGUAAAUCAUACUAAAUAUGGUUCGCAAUCAUGUGAACUGAAUGAGAAAUUGAGUUAAAAACCAUAAGAUGUGCUAAAUGUUACCUUGACUUAUUUCAAAAAGUUCUUAAUACUGUAUAUG